GCCAGUGAUUCAGCUCAAGGAUAAUCAAAAAUUGAGGCCUUUCUCCAUAAAAGUUUUUACCAAUGGAGAGCCUCUAAUUCCUUCAGUUAACGUCAAGAUUCCAAAAUAUGCACUGAAGUCAAUGGAAAGCGUUUUAGCCAUUGUUGCAGACGUCAUGUCCCUUCGUACUGGAGUGAAGAGUCUUUACACACUUGAUGGACAACCUGUUAAAUCUGUGACGGAGUUGAAGUUUGACGGCUGUUACGUUGCUGUUAGUAAGGGGAAGUUUAAACCUGUUCAGUACUUCAGCAAGAAAUGUGACUGGAACAAAUGUAAAGAGAAACAAUUUGUUCAAGCAGUACGUCAUAAAGAAGACAUUAAACCUGUUGUUCAGACCAAAACCGAGGCGACUGGUAAAAAUGAGAGAAAUCCAAAAAUAGAGUAUUUCACCAUCGAUGUUUUCACCAAUGGAGAGCCUCUAAUUCCUUCAGUGCCUGUAAAAAUUCCAAAGACGGCUCUGAAGUCAAUGGACAACGUCUGCAGCGUGGUGGGAUCCAUGAUGUGCUCUCAUGCUGGAGUGAAGAGGCUUUACACACUUGAUGGACAGCUUGUGAAAGAUCCACAAGACUUGAAGAACGAUGGAAAAUAUGUUGCUGUUACCAGUGGAAGGUUUAAACCUGCCGACUACUUCCAGCCAGUCCGAGUGCCCCUGAAGAAAAAGUGCAAAAAUAAAUGUAAAGAAACUCCACCUGCUGUUCAGGCGACACGUCACAAAAAACAAGUGGAUGACAAGAUCAAGGAGAAGAAGGAUGACAUUUGGAUACAUCCCCCAAGUUCCAAACUGUCCUCCCCCCAUCAGUCAGAUGUGGAGACGUCUUCACCUGCAUUGUCUAACAAAGAUGUUGCUGAAUCUGGUUGUCAAGAAGAACCUGACAUCCAAGAAUCAGAGCAAAGAAAGAAGAACAUUGUUAAACAGCAGAAGAUCUGCCCACCAACACAUUCAGAGAAGGUCAUCAUUCAGAUGCUGCAGCAAUGCUAUAAGGUUUAUGACCCAGAAAGUAGCAUCAUAUAUAAGGAGAGGACACAGACGUUGCUGAGCCAAAUUCAAGAUUACAUCAUGGACAACGAAUACGUCUUGUCAGAAUGCAUGUACCCAGAGAUCGUGAACAUGUGUUCUUCACACAUGUUCAGGGCGUUGAAUCGACCCUCCAAUCCUCCUGCUGCAGCGUUUGCUUCAGAUGAUGAAAAACCCAAGCUGGAUCCUGCAUGGCCACACAUUGAGCUGAUCUAUGAUUUUUUCAAGACGUUUUUAGAAGCUCCAAGCUUUCAGGCGGAGAUUGCUAAGAAAUACAUUGGCAAGGAAUUUGUCACACAGCUCUUACAACAGUUUGCCAGUGAAGAUCCCAGAGAGAGGACGUGCCUCACGGUUGUGUUCUGUUCAGUCUAUCUUGCGUUCGAAGACCUCCAAGAGUACAUGUUUCAUGGGAUUUGUGACAUUUUCUUUCGUAUCACCAAACAAAUAACGCCUCCAUUGUGUGAAGAUGACAGGAUUUUCUUCUGCGGGGUUUUAGUGCCCCUGCACAAACCAAAAACACUCUGGCUCUACCAUCAACAGCUCGUUGAGUGUAUCGUCCAGUUUUUGGAGAUGGAUGCAACUCUAACUGAGCCGCUGGUGCUCUAUCUGUUGAAGCACUGGCCAAAGACGUGCACAUGUAAAGAGCUGCUGUUCAUCAAAGAGCUGGCAAAAAUUCUCAAGUGCAUCUAUGUCUCUGAAUUCAAGUUGGUUCAGGAGCCUCUCUUCAAGCAGCUGGCCCGAUGCAUCUCCGGCUCAAAUCAUGUGGUGGCAAAGGCAGCGCUGCAGUUCUGCACAAAGGAGCAUAUCAUCAGUUUUAUCAGUGACAAUGCAGAGGAGAUCCUGCCCAUUGUGCUGCCUGCCCUGUACCAGUGUUCAAACAGCCAGCUAUAUGAGUCUGUCAAGCACAUCCUGACUGAUUAUCUGCCACAGCUGCUCAUGAUGAAUCCUGAGCUCUUUGCACACUGCAUAGAGCAGAUCCUGACUACAAGACGGAAAGAGCAGCUGAGGUCCAAAGCAAGUGAAAAGAUGUGGAUGAAGAUCGAGGCACUCGCUAAGUCCAAAACACAGCUACGGUGCAAAACCAAAGAACUCACAGCCACAGAAAAAGAAAGAAGAAAAGGUUAAACCGACUGAGGACCCAACUGUCCAUAAGAAGAAGAAGACUGUUGUGUUUGCUGACAGAGUGACACGGGUUCCUCCGG